AUGGGGAAAAAGCUACCCCCUUCUACUCCGACGACGGGAAGGCGGCGCAUAGGCCCCUCCUUGGCCCCGCUCUCCGCCUGCAAGCGCCGGCGGACCACUGAGGCAAGCGGCUGGGCUUCCCUCCCCACCGAUGUGGUUCACCUCGUCACCAGCCGCCUGCUGGCCGGCGACGUGCUGGACUACAUAGUCUUCCGGGCCGUCUGCUUCGGCUGGCGCAGCUGCACGAGCGACGCGCGCGACCCCACCCUGCGCAAACCGGACCUCUUGCCGCGCGGCUGGGUCGCCCUCUGCGACGGCGACGGGGUACGCCCGGACGACGCCGGCGAGAUCAGCUUCUUCCACACGCGGACGGCCAGGCGCCUCCGCGUCCGCCUGCCGGAGCUCCGGCGCCACAGGAUCGUCGGUUUCACCCAGGGACUGAUCAUUCUUCUGAACAAACGCACCGCCGCCGUCCGGGUGCUGCAUCCCUUCACACGGGUCGUGGUCGACCUCCCGUCCCUUGUCCCUGUGUUCCACGACGCGGUCAGGAACCGGAACUCUCUGCUUGACAUGAAUGCCGCGGUCUGCAGCGCGUCCGCGACCUCCAUUGCCGUGGUGGCAUGGUUCCCGUGGACACAUGUGGUGAUCGGCGCCGAGGCUGGCCGCCCAACUUGGGAGGUCCUCCACCGAGGGCUUUUCCUUAGGAGCAUCUUGCCCUUCCAAGGAAGGCUUUACGCGACAGUCGUCAAGGGUGGCUCAAGGAAGAUCAUGCAGCUGUAUCCGAGAUCACCACAUCCUGUGCUUGCUCAUGUUCCAAAUAAUUUUGGUGAUCCGAGCCUAUGCAACUACUUCCUCGUGGAGUCUGGUGGGCGAGUGCUGCUUGCCAUCCACCAUUUAACUGCACAACAUUGUGGCGUGGAGCCCUUACAGCAAAAUGCCUAUAAGCUAUUUGCGUUGGACAUCGACCGCGGUGAGCUGAUCCCAGUGAACUGCCUCGGUGGCCACGCGCUGUUCCUCAGCAGGGAUCGGUCCCUCUCUGUUUCAGCCAGGGACCUCCCUUCUGUGAACAGCAACUCCAUUUACUUCUCUUUGUACCGUGACCCUGUUGUGGUGCACUCCGUAAGGACAGGUUUCUCUGAGCGGCUAGCACUGUCAUGCCAAAUACAUGACGGGAAGGAUAGGAUCCGACCCUCCGUGCGCCCUUUCACCAUUGCUGACCAACUUCUAACCUACUGCCAUCCUCAUGAGUGGACAAAAGGACUCAUGUUUCAUGAGUACCACUCUAUACCUGAAUCUUUCGAGCAAUUGAGGAAGAACAUCAAGACAAAAGAUUCUAAACUACGGAUUCCUCGUGUUGCAGUUUGUUGA